GCCCUAGUACUAGCCAUGGCUAUGGUGAUGGGUGCACCAGCAUACGCCCAAAUUAGCACCCCAUGUAACGUUUCAAUGCUAAGCACUUUCUUCACACCUUGUAUGAAUUUCCUCACAAAUAGUAGUCCCAAUGGCACCUCACCAACUACGGAGUGUUGCAGUGCCCUCAAGUCCCUCACAAGUGGUGGCAUGGACUGUUUGUGUCUCGUUGUCACUGGCAGCGUUCCCUUCAGAAUUCCAGUUAACCGAACCGUGGCCAUCUCUCUCCCUCGUGCAUGCAACAUGCCUGGUGUCCCAGUUCAAUGCAAAGCCUCGGGUUCACCACUCCCUGCUCCAGGACCAGUGGCUCUUGGACCAUCUCCUUCACCUGCAUCAGCUCCAUCUUCUCCUCCUGGAUUUACUCCAACUCCUAGUCCUCAAGCUUCUACUAUCCUUCCCUCUCCUACUUCACCUUCUGUGGCACCACAGUCUGACACAACUCCUCCUCUUUUGACUCCACCAUCUCCAUCGGUGGAUUCUGGCAACCCAUCUGUAUCAACGGGAAGUGGCCGCACUGAUCUGACUCCAUCAUCUGCCAUAACAUCUUACAAUGUCCCAUCUUCACUUCUAUUGAUUGCACUUGGAUAUACUGUUCUCAAAUACUACUAG